AUGGAGAAGUGUGGGGACAUAGAUGAUUGUAUCUCAACAUCUGAGGCUGCAGAAUUGGCUGCAAAGCUUGAUGAGAAGGAAAUAAGUAGUUUACCGAUGCCUGGACAAGUUGAUUUCAUUAAUGGGGGUCCUCCAUGCCAGGUCUCUCUAGCUGGUUUCUCCGGGAUGAAUAGAUUUAGCCAGAGCAGUUGGAGCAAAGUCCAAUGUGAAAUGAUAUUGGCCUUCUUAUCCUUUGCUGAUUAUUUCAGGCCAAGGUAUUUCUUGUUGGAGAAUGUGAGGAACUUUGUGUCUUUCAAUAAAGGACAGACAUUCCGUUUAACCUUGGCUUCACUUCUUGAGAUGGGUUAUCAGGUGAGGUUUGGUAUCCUUGAGGCUGGAGCUUUUGGGGUUUCUCAAUCAAGAAAAAGGGCAUUCAUAUGGGCAGCCUGUCCUGAUCAUGUGCUUCCUGAGUGGCCAGAACCAAUGCAUGUGUUUUCGGCACCCGAGUUGAAGAUCACAUUAUCUGAGGGAGUGCAAUAUGCUGCUGUCCGCAGUACUGCAAAUGGUGCUCCAUUACGUGCAAUAACUGUUAAAGAUACCAUUGGUGAUCUCCCAGCUGUUGGCAAUGGAGCCUCAAAAGGAAACAUGGAGUAUCAAAAUGAUCCUGUAUCAUGGUUUCAAAGGAAGAUUCGCGGAGAGAUGGUUGUCUUGACUGAUCAUAUUUCCAAGGAGAUGAAUGAAUUGAACUUGAUUCGAUGCAAGAAAAUUCCCAAGAGGCCAGGUGCUGAUUGGCGUGAUCUUCCAGAGGAAAAGGUAACAUUGUCUAAUGGACAAGUUGUUGAUUUGAUACCAUGGUGCUUGCCCAACACUGCUAAGCGGCACAAUCAAUGGAAGGGGCUAUUUGGUAGGUUGGAUUGGCAAGGGAAUUUCCCAACUUCCAUUACAGACCCCCAACCAAUGGGGAAGGUUGGAAUGUGCUUCCACCCUGACCAAGAUAGGAUUCUUACUGUUCGUGAAUGUGCUCGAUCUCAAGGCUUCCCAGAUAGCUAUAAGUUUUCUGGCAAUAUCAUUCACAAGCACAGACAGAUUGGUAAUGCUGUGCCUCCUCCUCUAGCAUUUGCAUUAGGGAGGAAGUUGAAGGAAGCAGUAAACAGUAAAAGCUCCACAUAG